GGGGAAGCUUCCCAAAAACAUGUUUGUUUUCAGACAUCACCCAGUGGAAGACAUGAGAAAUUUAAUGAGAAUAAAACUGUUGCAGAAUAUGUUGCCCACACAGUGGAAGAAGAACAGUACAGUUUUAGACCAUCUACUUCCCCUUUGAUUCACUCCUCUCCUAGCCAGGAUUCACUGAAGAUACCUGAAAAGGGUGAUUCUCCACAAAGGCAAACUUCUAUGCAGAAAUUGUCUCAUGCUCCAUCUCCUGAGUCGUCAUGCCUCAGUCCUAGUUUAAGUAGACUGACCUAUAUAUCUGCCACAGAGAAUACAUUGCAGAAUUUAAGUAUUCAAAGUCCUGAAAAGAAAAAGAAUAAUAAUACGAUUGAGCUGAGCACAACUAUAGUGAGAGCCAGUCCUACACCUUCAGAAAUGCAGCUUGCAUGCAAUGACAAUUUAUCUUGGGAAGAUCACAAAAGUCAGAUGACCAACAAUCAUGCCAAACUGAGUAAAAGUCCAUCUGCAUUCAGAACUGUAACAGCCAAUGGCAUUGGAAGUAAAGCUGGAGACCCUAAACAAUUGGAUCCAAUGUCUUUAUGUAGCAAAGACCAUAACACUUUUCUCAUGGCAAGAACAUGGCCCAAAAUCAAGUCAAAUAUUACCUUCUGCAGUUGUGCCUCAGUCAGAUGUGCUGGAAAAGUACACUGCAAUGCCGACCCUUACUGGUAAUCAAUGUGUGUGUGCUCCUGGCUUCAAACAAAUUGUACCAGAAAGUGAUUUACAGAAACUUCCAUCUUCCGUAUCUUCCUUGUUUUCUGGACAAAUUCUAUCCAACGCUGCAUUUACACAACAAUAUUUAAAAAAUGUAAAUCCAUUGGCUGUUUUUUUCUGGGGGAAACCCUGGUCUCUAUGGAGCUUCCACUGGAUACCCCAACUGUAAUUUUCCCACCCAAAAUAUACAAAACGCAGUUACUGGAGUUCCUUUGAGUGCAAAUAUUGCUCAAGGAUUACUAGCCACUUUGCCAAUGAGUAGUCAUACUACAGCCAAUCAGAAUAUUGACCAUCAUAUCCAUUUACUUGAAAGCCAGUCUGGAUCAGAUGGAAUUUCACAAUGGGCAUCCUCAAGAAUAUCGUCUGGAUUUGGGCAAGUUUUGAUCCCUGAAGAGGUUACUUUUCCCACUGCUUGUUGCGUUGGAAUUGCAUCUCAAACAUCACUGAAUAUAUUUAAUCCAAAUGAGAGAUGGAUGCAGGUUAAUAUUGGAAUACUCAGCAUUGCAAUAAAUGGAGAAAAAAUUGACGUUGGGGCUCACCAGUGUCUGGUUUUUAAGAACAAGACAAUAAUUGGGCCUCGAGCCGCUGAAGACAUAAAAAUUCUCCUACUUCCCCAGAGACCAGGACUUUUCCAGUGUAUUCUGAGUGUAUCGUCUUGGCCUGUUUCUGCUGACACCGAGACGAUUGUAAGGGCAGAAACUAUGGCUGCUAAAGUUCUUCUUGCUGCUGUUUCAGAAUAUCCGUUAAUCGAGGUUGAUACAGGAACAUGUGAAGGCUUAGACUUUGGUGAUCUAUCAUCUGGC